AUUUUUCUUUUGCAAAACAAAUCGGUUUACACGUGUUUUACGUUUUCUGUGCAGCAAAUAAAUCAGAUAAAAUCGUUAUUUUAUUCGCAUAAUACUGAAAACUAUGGGUAAGAAGAAAAGUGAUGUUGACUUGCCCGGCUUUCCUUCCCUAAAAACUGAAGAGCCGUGAACCAACAAAGGGCGCGCGUGCAUUAAUUCUUUCUCCCACGAGAGAGUUGGCUGUGCAAACAUACAAAUUUAUCAAAGAGCUGGGUCGUUUUAUGGAUCUGAAAACUAUUUUAGUACUUGGUGGUGAUUCUAUGGACUCUCAGUUUUCUGCUAUACACACUUGCCCAGACAUAAUAGUCGCCACACCGGGUCGUUUUCUGCAUUUGUGCGUCGAAAUGGAUCUUAAGCUUAAUUCAGUGGAAUACGUAGUGUUCGAUGAAGCAGAUCGAUUGUUUGAGAUGGGUUUCGGCGAGCAACUAAAUGAAACUUUACAUCGCUUACCCGCAGGAAGACAAACGGUCCUAUUUUCGGCAACGCUUCCUAAAUUAUUGGUAAACUUUGCCCGUGCUGGCUUAAACGAUCCAAUUCUGCUGCGAUUAGAUGUGGAGUCUAAAAUACCAGAGGGUUUAAUGCUUAAAUUCUUAUAUUGCCGUCCAGAUGAACGUUAUACUGCUUUGGUUGUGUUACUCAAAUACGUAAUACCGGAAGAUGCUCAAACUGUGGUUUUUGCAGGCACACAGCAUCACGUCGAGUUGCUCUGUUAUAUUCUUACAAAAUGUGGCAUAUCCAAUACGUCAGUGUAUUCUAGUUUGGAUCCUGCUGCACGUAAAAUUAACACCGCAAAAUUUGUAAACAAAAAGGUAUCUGUGCUCACCGUAACUGAUGUGGCGGCACGUGGUAUUGAUAUACCAAGUUUGGAUUUCGUGGUCAAUUUUCAUUUCCCAGGAAAGCCAAAACUGUUUGUCCAUCGUGUGGGACGUUGCGCGCGCGCGGGACGUACCGGCACUGCUUAUUCAAUUUUUUCUACUGAUGACGCUGCUCACGUUUUGGAUCUACAUUUAUUCCUUAAUCGUCAAUUCAAUAUAAAUGAUAGUAAAACUGUUGGUGUUGCACCACAGGAUUUGUUGGAGGAGGAACAUCUAUCUGUUACAGAAGUCAAGAAAAGUCAUGACAUUGCCGGUGUGUUUCGUACGAGUGAAAACGCGUAUAAAAAGUAUUUAUCGUCACGGCCCGUGGCCUCAACAGAAUCAAACUCUCGUAUAAAAAAGAUUAAGUUUUAUAGUUGCAAACCUUUGGAUGAUUUCUCGUCGGUUGAAAAAUCAGAAAGUUUGAGUAGUGAAAACCAAAUGAAAUCGAAGGAAGAAGCAGCGUCAGAAGAACGUAAGUUGCAAGAAGAAAAGCAUGACUUGUUGAUGAAAAUGCGAAACUUUAAACCCUCUACAACGAUUUUCGAGUUGAAUCGCCAUCAAAAAUCUGUUCCGUUUACUACAAUGAAAGAAAAGCGUUCGAAACAUACAGAAGUUAUUGAGAAAUAUAGGAAUAAAAUGGUUGAAAUUGAAAAGGAGGAAGCCAAUAAGCAAUUAGAAGAAGAGGAUAAAGAAGAAGCAGAUGAAGCUGACGCAGAUGAUAUUAAUGCAGCGUUUGACACAAUAGUCGCUCCAAAGAAACGAAAGAACCUGGAAGACUUGUAUAAGAAUAAAAAGAAAAAGAAGAAGUCCAAUGUUAAGGACGCUGAGAACUAUAUCCCGUACCAGUCUGCAGACAAACACACCGAAGAUGGCCUUGCCAUUAAUACCUUCGAGCGACAAGCCAUGAAUGCAGAAUUCUCUGUGGUAGAUCGUGACAGCAAUACGGACAUGCGCCACAAGCCAGGCAUGAAAAGAUGGGAUCGAAUUAAGAAGAAAAUGGUGUCUGUCCAAGAUCCACGUGCUAAUAAAAUACGUUCUGAAUCGGGUGCCUGGAUUCCAGCCUCUUUCAAGACUGGCCGCUAUAAUGACUGGAAAGAAAAAUCAAAAAUCGAAGAACAGUUGCAGCGUGAAAACGACAGCGAUGACGAUGGAUUCAAACCACUUCAUCAGUCACAACGUUAUCCUGUUGGACGUCAUGCGCGUCACAAUGCAAAGGUGGCGGGCAAGAAGCGAGCAGGUGGUGGCGAGAAUGAACUGCGUCAUCCUGAACAGAUAGUAAAGGCGCGUAUGCGUUUAGAAUUUAUCAAGAAGCGUAAUGCAGACAAUGCAUUGCGUAAGGCUGAGAACAGGAAGCGCAGUAUGCGAAAAUCUCAGCGGACCAAGUCAAAGAAAGGUGGCAAGAAAUAGUGGAAAAUCGAGAUGAGAGUGUAGUU